CGGCAACAACUUCUGCUGCAAACUCAACUAGUCAAGUGUUGGGCAUGCCGACCAGUUCACAGUCCACCUCCAGUAGGUCAGGGGUUGGCACUAGUUAGAUGGCGGGCUCGCAGUUCAGCUCGCCGCCGCCACUCACUCGGGAGCAGAUGGAGCUCCAGCAAGUCGAGAGGAUCCGCUUGAGGCUAGAUGAGGAACUCAGGCAGGCUACUAAAAGAGAGAAAGAGAUUAGAGAUAGGAGUGUCAGACUAGAGGGUAGGGAGGCAGACAAGGCUGCACUAGAGGAGUUAGAUGACGCGACCCUUAGCAACAAUGAAAAGAUUCUGAAGGCGAGCAUCCUGUCCAUGCAUGCAUAUAUGGACAGUAAACUGGAUACAAUCCAGGAUACCUUGGACCAGAUCUUGAAUGCUAUGCACAAACCAGGAAUCAGGCCAGCAGUCUUGCCGUCGCUGCCAUUCUCAGCGACGACAGGCCCCUAUGCCGCUCGGUCUGGACCACAACUAAGUGGUACAUCAGCAGCAACCUUAUCUCAUACUGUUGCUUCUUCAUCUUCCAGUCCAGCGACUGGUGCUACACCACAGUUGCCACCUGUCUCACCAGCGGGACAACAAUUUCCUUGGUAUCCCAAGACCCCUCUGAAACCACCUCUAACCUUCUCAGGAGACAAGAAGGACGAGGCUCUCGACACGUGGUUUAGAACGGUUCCAAUCUGGGUGAGGGCAAAAAGGACAUUGGUAGAAGAGGAAGUGAUAACUGCUACAUUGGUAGUAGAGGGUUCAGCAACUCGCUGGUUAAAUGGAUUGAUUGCUUCAAAGGGUUUCGACAGAAACAUGGGUGAUUGGGUGCAGACCCACACCUUAGAAAGCUUUAUGGACUUAGUGGAAGCGCGUUGGCACAACCCUCAACAGGCACAGAUUGCCACUGAUGGGCUACUGAAACUUGAUGCUAGGAAGCACAAGUCAGUGCGAGAGCGUACCACAACCGUAGAGCGUCUGAUCAUUGUCCCAGGAGUGGAGUACAAUCCACAGGUCUUAUUGACCACUUUUCUGAGAUGUCUUCCCACAGACAUCAAAAACUUAUUAGCCAGCGAGGCUCGCAGAGAGUAUCACACAUUUGAGACAUUCAGCAAGAAGGCUCUAGACUUAGAGGCUACGCUGGGUAGUGCUCAAACCCCUUCUGCGGACAGGAGAAAGAAGAAGACUCCACAAGAGUGGAAGAAGAAGGGUAGUCGAUUGAUGAUGGUUGAUUCCGAUGGGAAUCAAACUGAGAUCGAUGAUGUUUCUGAGCUUGUGGAGGGAACAUAUUGUUGCGAAUGGUCGAGUGAGAAGAUGCUUCAAAUGGUGAAGCGAUAUUGUAUGGUCGAGUACAAAGAGGAGGUGUCGGAGUUGGUGAAAGCUUCGCGCGACUGGCCGGACUUUAAGGCCAAAUUAUUGGACAAGUACCAGUUGGGGGAUCAACUGCUCGAUCUGGCGGACUUACGGAAGGUUAGUUGUCGGAAGUUUGGUAUGGCCAAACAGUUUCUUACGGAGUUUGAGCGGGUUGCGCGCUUAGUACCCGAUGUUCCAGAUAAGGAUUGGUGCCUCAUCUUCCUCGAAAAAUCUUCGGAAGUUGAGCAGCGAGAACUGAUGAAGGAUAUGACGGGGCGAUACGACUGGCCAAACAUAAAGGAAAAUUUGUUGGCCGAAAGUUUCGACCAAAUGCUUUACCGUCUUCUGAAGCAGCAAAAGGAGGACCGUGAGAAGGAAGGGGUAAGCGCGGACAAGGAUCAAGCCGUUUACAAGACCCUGACUUACAUGCGGAACAUGAUGGCCGACAUGAAGGAGGAAAGGUUAAAGCUACAAGUGAUGAUGGUCCAGACAAAAGGAGGGAAAAGGAAGGGGAAAGCACCCGUUAUGGAGGAAGUGAGUGAUAGCAGCAGUGAAGAGGAAGACGAGGAGGAAGAGGAGUCUCCUUAUAAAUUGACCAAAGCAGAACGGAAGGCCCUGAACCAGAUACGUGGAGGGCAGGGCACUAGCAAAAAGCAACGAAACAAUAAUGGAGGAGGUGGACAAGGAAGCAACCAGGAACAAGUGGCGCAGACCCCUCCUCAGCAACCCCAACCUCAGGCAGGAGGCCGGGGCCAAGGUCGAGGUAGAGGCGAAGGCAAUGGGGGAGGCCGAGGAAAUGGGGGCGGCCGAGGCAAUUGGCAGAAUUGGUUUUGCAGGUAUUGUGGCCAAGCUGGACAUGGGAUACGAUUUUGUCAGACCGUUACCAAAGAUGAAAAUGAUAAGGUUAUAUAUACGAAUAUCCGAGGCGUGGUCUACGACUUUGAAGGGAAUCUCAUCGAUCCCAAUGUGGAGGGAGGAAUGAAGAAGGAAGCUUUCCGACGUAUGGGGCGAGAUUUUCCAACAACUUUUCGACUGACUUCUCCGGAAGAGGUCGAACAGAUUGAGUUGGAAGCGACGAUGGAGUCAUGGACAAUUGAGGAUGCCAAGGCUGGAGAUGAAGGGUUGAGCAAAGAGCAGGAAGAGAUACUGCAGCGAGCUCAAGCAGUGAAUUUGCAGAAGCUGAACUCAGUGACGGUUCGUGAUGCCGGAGGACUUCCACAUGCCGAUCAGUUGUCUGAGUCGUGCGCAGGCAGACCUAUCAUCACUCUCAUUGACUUGUACUCAGGAUAUGAUCAAUUCCCUCUCUAUACGGCAGACAGGCCGAUGGCGGCCAUGCAUACGUCGAGGGGAUUAAUUCAUAUGUGUGCGGCGCCUAAGGAAUGGACGAACGUCGUAGCAAUUGUUCAGAGAUAUAUGAUGAGAGUCAUGCAACCACUUUGUCCGGACGUAACCUCCCCUUAUAUCGAUGACUUGGCCAUACCUGGGCCGCGCGUGAAGGAUGAGACGGAGGUGCUGCCAGACGUUCGAAAGUUUGUUUGGGAGCACGUUCGUAACGUGGAGAAGGUCUUGUCCAAGUUAAAGGAGUACAACCUCACCGCCAGCAGUGUCAAAUCUCGGCAUUGUAUGCGUGAGGCAACUAUCUUGGGCUUCUUCUGCGAUGAGAAGGGUCGUCCGCCAGAUUCCAAGAAGACAAACAAGAUUCUGGAAUGGCCGACUCCGCUUAAGUCCAUCACUGAUGUGCGCAGUUUUUUGGGGACUUGCGGAUUCUGGCGCAUUUUCAUUCGCAAGUUCGCCACAAGGGUGGAGCACCUACGGAAGUUGGUGCGUCCCACAGCAUUGGGUGGAGUCCUCAUCCAAAAGGACGGAGAAGGGCGAGAAAGGCCAUUGAGAUUUGAAAGUCGAACAUUGAAUGAGGCGGAACGGAAGUAUUCCCAAUUUGAGAAGGAAACCCUUGCAAUGCUUUAUUGCUUCAGGAUCUUCCGAAACUACGUGUUAGGAAGACGGUUCGUACUGCGGGUUGAUCCGACUGCCCUGGCGCAGUCAUUGAAGAAUUAUUCUCCCUCGGAUCCAACUAUUGCUCGAUGGUUGAUCUAUAUCUGGAUGUUCGAUUUCGAGAUCGAGCGUAUUGCGAGAACACAAAAUCGAGCCGACGGAUUGAGUCGGAUCGAGUGGGACUCCUCGAAAGAUCAGGCAGAAGACUCGGUCCUUGUGGAUGGGUUUCUGGAGACGGACGAGCAACAGCUGAGUAUCAAUGAAGAUCAUGGUAAGCUAAUGUUGGAAGAAGGGGAAGGCAGUGAGAUCAAAGAAGCCUUUCGUGAAGAGGAAUAUGAUGGGACUUAUAAGAAGAGCUUGGCAGAAGUCAUGAAGGACGAAGAGGUUCUUGUGAUGCAAUAUGGGGUUAGAAAAGUUAAGCGAGAAAACUGGGAAGAUGAGGCCAUUCUGGAUAUGGAGAAUCGGAAAACAGUCUUUAGAGAGGAAGCAAUCUGGAGAGUUGAAGAGGAAAAAUGUAUCAAGUAUGUAUUCUACUUUAGCGAUCAUAAUGGCAGGUUGCACAACACUGGCUCGUUUGUAGAGACGGUGAAGCAGCCUAGGGCCAGGCUCGGGUAAACACACAAGGUGCCCAUAUUUUUCCCUUGAGGUUCCACCCCAACGCCUUAGUCAACAAAAGUCCUUCAACAAU